CACCGCAGUAUUGAAACACUAUUUUGCCGAAGUUAUGAAGUCACUUCGUGCUUUAAUAACUGUUUUAUCCGGGUAUUGGAAUUUGCGUUUCAACUGUUGUUCGGCCUUUGAAAUUAUAAAAUUUUGGUUAACACAUUGA